AUGCCGAUGCACAAACCGCCACAUCCGGGGGAAAUUGUGAAAUGGGAGUGCCUUGAACCCUUAGGUUUGUCUGUAACCAGGGCGGCGAAAGGGCUGGGCGUGACUCGUCAAGCGUUGUCGGAUUUGAUAAAUGGAAAGUCCGGUAUUUCUGUGGAAAUGUCUAUCCGCUUGUCCAAAGCCUUUGGCUCUACACCUGAAACCUGGUUGGGAGUUCAAAUGGAAUACGAUCUCUGGCAGGCUCUGGGACGAGCCGAAGGCAUGGUAGUUGAGCGGUUUUCUCCGGCGACCACGUAA